CAUUUCUUUCUCGCACAAAAAGAUGUCGGAGAAUAGCUUCAACUCAAAGUAUUUGGACGAUGACGAUGAGGACGAUGCGAUUGCUGCCUCUGAGGGCAAAGUUUCGAGCCAGGUGGCCAAGCGCAUCUGGCAGCCAACCAUCGAUGAUACUACCCCUGGGGUCUGGGAGCCGCCCGAGAAGCCCCUGCCCCACGUGGAGGAGGAUGCUCCGAUGAGUGCCGAGGCCCUGGCGGAGGCUCUAGCGGUGAGCGAGACCGCCUCGGACUUUAUACACGAAGUGGAGCGCUCUCUCUACGGCGACAACAGCAAGGAGAACGGCUCCGCCCAGUACUUCAAGGCGGCCGAGAAUUAUUCGCUGUUUGGCGCCAACUAAAUGGGCUUGG